AUGAGCUACGCUCAACCUCCCUCCCGCUUCUCUGUCCUCUCCAACUCCUCCCUUUCAUCCGCGAGCAUCUCUCUCCCGCCGCCUGGUGUGCGACCAAAUAUCUACGACAGGCCGCUUGCCAAGACGCGGAAUGCUGAAGUCUCGGCAGCGGCCUUUGCAUUCCUCUUCUCCGAGGUCGUACAGUACACCCAAAAGCGCGUAGUGGGAUCAACGAUCUCGAACGCAGGUCAAUUGAACACCCUGGGCUACAGGAUAGGCACUCGAGUGCUCGAGCUCAUGACAUGGCGCAACGAGAACGCGUCCAAGGCACCUAAACGCGAAAUCCGAUUCCUCCCCGCGCUGAUGUCAAUCCACACGCACAUCUGGCGAGCGGUUUUUGGGAAGCCCGCAGACGCGAUUGAGAAGAGUGUGGAGAAUGUGGACGAAUGUACGUCCCUUCGUUCGCGUCGGCGUGCUCGUCGCUCUCUUACCGUGCCGCCUCCUUCAAACAUGAGCACGCUCAGCUGCUCGUCCUUCACCGCUGGCGUAGUGGAGGCUGUACUGGAUGGGUUGGGCUUUUCCGCCCGUGUAACGGCGCACAACACGCCCACGGAACGGCUCCCAAACAAGACCACCAUCCUCAUCAAGCUGGAAAAGUCUGUUCUAGAGCGAGAAGAGGCGCUGAAGACAUAG